AUGACUUCAAUAUCAUCCAUAACAACACAAUCUUCUAAUAGUUCUUCUAUAACUUAUCCAUCUCAAAUAGUAGUUAGUGAAAAUCUCAAAGAGGCUGUUAUUGAUCAUCUGGCUUAUUUAAAAGAAUAUUAUGAUCAUCCGGAAUAUCUUCAAAAACAAUCACGCGAAUAUGCUGUAUAUCGUUAUGAAACAUUUUGGCUUCCAUUUAUAGCUGAAAACGUUGAUUUAGAUAUUGUUCCACCACUUGAUGUGCUUUUUGUUUGGCAUACACAUAUGUUAGCACCAAUAGCAUAUGCAAGUGAUUGUGAACGUUUAUUUGGACGUAUUUUACCACAUCAUGUACGUGCACGUUCACCACCAUUAGUUAAACUUAGUGAACAAUUAUGGACAAAAAAAUAUAAUCGUACAAUGCCUUAUCAUUUAGAUUAUACAACAAAUAUUCAGGUUAUUCCACCAUAUUCAAGUAAAAUAAAAUAUCCCUUGACUCAAGCUGUUGAAAGACAAGCAGAUUUUUAUUAUAAUGUUUCACUUGGUCAUUUUAAAGAUUCUGACUUUCUUGAUGAAGCUAUAAAUCGUUAUAAAAAAUUUAUAUUUUUAAAACGUUUGAAUCCACAAUUAUUUGUCGUACCAAUGUAUGAUAUUGAUAUUAUUUGGCAUACACAUCAAUUAUUUCCUGAAAUUUAUCGUCGUGAUAUGAUUGAAAAUCUUCAACAUGUUCUUCAUCAUGAUGAUACAACAACAGAUCGUUCACCAAAUUCAAAAUUAUCAACAUCCGAUCAUGAAACACGUCAUAAAUGGUUUGAAUUAUAUGGUGAUCGUUUACCAAAAAAUGGUUGUAUGUAUCGAGGAAAACCAUCAAAAGGUCUUUAUCAAUAUGUUACUGAUUUUAAUUUUCUACUUGAAUGUCAACGAUAUUCAAUAUAUGUACAAUUAAUUGAACAUAAUGUUUCAACAAUGGGUGCUGCAAAAAAAGAGAUUGAUAAUAAAAUUACUACAGUUGUACCACUUCAUGAUCAUUCACUAGGUGAACCAUUACGUGAACAAGUGUUUGCACAAUUUAAUUCAUCUGAUCAAGAAAUUUUUGCUCGAGGUUCAUCAGGACAUAUGGAAGCACAUUUUGAUGCUGAUUUUAAUGAUCUUUCAAUAAAACUUACACUUAAAAUUCAACAAAAAGCUGGAUAUUGGCCAAUGAAUUAUUUUAGUACAUUGGAGGAAUAUGAUAUUUCAUCGGAAAAACUUCUUCCUCUUGUUCAAUUUACUCAACCUAUUUUAUCAGCUAAUAAUUCAACAGUUGAUGAUGAUCCAAAAGCACUUUAUUAUUUAUACGAUAAGAAUGUUGAACAAAAUUCUAUUCUUCGAGAAAUUGCACCCAGUGUGAAAAGAUUAGUUGUUGGUAUUCCAGCUCUUGAUAUAAAUACGAUAAUUGUUCGAUAUGAUUUAACUGAAUACCAAGAAGUAAUACUCGAUCAAAAUUAUGUAACUCAAUUAGGUACAACAUUUUUAUUUAAUCUUGAAAAUGUUUCAGUUCAACAAGCAGUACAUAAUAUUCAGCCAUUACAUCAAGAUGAACCAAUCUUACUUAAUAUUCGUCAUACUUUUGUUCAUGAUAUUGAUAUAUUUACAGCAACAUUUAAUAAUGUUAUAUUUGCAUCAUGUCACACACUUAAUUGGUCUCAAUUACCAUUACCUAAUCAAGUAUCUGGUAAACAUGAUGUAUCUGUAAUAACAUUAAAUCCUGAAAAUGAAGAAGCACUUAUUAUAAAAGAUCAUACAGGUGAUUGGGGUAUCGUAAAAUUUAGUAAAAAACUUUUUACAACAUCAUUAGAGGAAGAAACAAAUGAGAAAUACUCUCAAUUUAGUUUAUAUCGUUUCAUGCCUCAUGGUCAUGUUGAAGAAGAAAUCAUUUAUAUUGAUUGGGAAGAUGAUAAAUGGCUUAUUGGUUCAACUAAUUUUGGUAUUGAAAUGAAUGCAUCAUCAAUAUCAGUUAAACGAGUGGAAUUGAACAAUUCUAUGCAAUAUAUUUGUUUAGGAUCAGCAUUAAUAUCACGUUUUGAUAAAUUAUUUAAAGAAAUAUUUGGCAAUAGCGAAGAUGAAACAAAUUUAGCAACAACAAAUGGAAAUCAAAGUGAAAAUGAUUCAUUAGCGAAUGAUAUUGGAAAGAUAAAUUUGAAUGCAUUAACUGGUAUUAACGGUACUAAAAAUACGUUAAAUGGAUCAAAGCUUCAAAUGGCUACGAAUACUGUUUAA